CCCAGAGGCUCAACUAAACCUUGAACUCGGGAGCCAAUGAACCUGCAUCGCUGCCUAAUGUUAGUGUAGUGUACUGUACUUCCGUACUGUACCUCUGGACAAGGCGCAGAAAACAGUGGUUGUUGCCCUCAAUCACGGUCACGACAUCCACUUAAACAACGCGUGUCGAGAAACGCGCGUCUCGCAGCUCCGACGCGUCUAUCGCGAGAAUGGUCAGCACGUUUCACCAGUCGGGCCUGCAAUUGAAUGCAGACUCUUUGUGAGAUCCCAGUCUCUAAAUCUAGCAGCAUCGGUGAUGCUGCUGUUUCCCGUCCCAUUCAGAUAUUGGGGACAAUUUCCUCUCGUGUUUUCUGGGGAACCCCUCAAGGGACGAUCUCGGAAGAGCAGUAUCUUGGACCUCUAGACUCUGAGAAUAUCGACUAAACAACAACAAAAUGCAACAGUCGCAACUAGAUCCUCUUCCGAGCGAUCUACCCUUCCGGAUCAUCUCCAAAACGAUCGGAAGGGGCGCCUAUGCAUCCAUCAAGAAGGCAAUACCACUGGAUGCGGACUCGCCAGUCUUCGCUGUCAAGCUGAUACACAAAGACUAUGCCGUCCGGCAGGGGCGCAUAUCUGCGAAGCAGAUCGCCAUGGAGGUAUCGUUGCACUCGCAUAUCGGCCAACAUCCAAACAUCAUCGAGUGGUUCGCAACCGGUGAGGACGCAGUGUGGAGAUGGAUCGCCAUGGAGUUUGCCGAGGGUGGUGAUCUCUUCGACAAGAUUGAGGCAGAUGUCGGCGUGCAGGAGGAUAUUGCCCACCUGUACUUCCAGCAGCUGAUCAGCGGUGUCAGCUUCAUGCACUCCAAGGGCGUCGCGCACCGAGAUCUCAAGCCCGAAAACAUCCUCUUGUCAGCAAGCGGAAAUCUCAAGAUCGCCGAUUUUGGCAUGGCGACCAUGUUCGAGUACAAAGGGGCCCGGAAAUUGAGCAGCACCAUGUGCGGAAGCCCGCCAUACAUCGCCCCGGAGGUUUUGCAGUGCGCAAGGCAGGACAAAAAGACGCCGGACGGGGCGAAGUACUCGUCAGAUCUGGUCGACAUAUGGUCGUGCGGUGUCAUCUUGUUCGUUCUCCUGGUGGGCAACACCCCCUGGGACGAGCCAACAUCCGAGAGUUGGGAAUUCCAAGAGUAUGUGCGGACGAACGGCCGGAGCACCGAUGCGCUAUGGGGAAGAGUACCGGCCGAAGCCCUGUCUCUGCUUCGCGGCAUGAUGAACAUCGAGGCGAACAAGCGCUUCUCUUUUGCUCAGAUUCGCCAGCAUCCCUGGUACACGCGGCGCAACCCGCUGCUGACAGCAGACGGCAAAGUCUCGGACCCGAUCGCUCUCGCGACGCAGAUGCUCGCCGGGCUUCGCAUCGACCUGAGCGCCGAACCUACCCCAUCCCAACGCCAGUCCCAGCCAGAAGCCAUGGACGUCGACUCUCAGCCCACCCCCGGCUGGUCCGCCAAGCUCCCGGCCACCCAGCCCGAAACCCCGAUCAGCGACGCGCUCUUCGACUGGGAACGGCCCGCCCGGCGCACGCUCGGCACGUACGCCAUCUCAGCCACCCAGCCGCUUGCAAGAACCGACGCCGCGGCUGCGGCCCACCUCGGGUACUCCUCGGCCCUCGAGGCGCUGGCCGACGAGCCCACGAUGAGCCAGUUCUCCCAGACGCCCGGCGUCCCGCUCAGCCUGACCCAGCACGCCCGCCAGUUCCGCGACAUCGUGCCCUCGUACUCGCUGACCCGCUUCUUCUCGCACGUGCCGCCCGCCCUGCUGGUGCAGAUGCUCGCGGACGCGCUGCACCAGCUGAACGUGCCCCAGCCCGGGCGGGCGCCGGCAGUGGACCCGAACGCCGAGCACGUGGCGACGCUCAAGGUGAAGACGUUGGACGGGAGGCGGCAGGGCUUGCACGGCGACGUGUUGGUGGACCGGUAUCGGCUGUCGGAGGAGCAGGAGCUGCUGGAGGUGCGGUUCGUGAAGGUCAAGGGGGACCCGCUGGAGUGGCGGAGGUUUUUCAAGAAGGUUACUCUGUUGUGUCGCGAUGCGGUGUACAGCGGCGACAGAGGCGGGAAUGGUGGAACUGGGAAUGGAACCGGGAAUGGCAAUGGGGCGUAGGGCGCUGUUGAGUCUUGUGGUGCUGGUGAAGGCGAUCGUGUGAACCUGGGUUUGGCAGUGGCGUCGAUGGGUUAAUCAUGAUGCUAGGUUCUGGGACUGGGACAAGCGGGACGCAGGUAAUGUUGUAACGGUUAGGCUAGCAGUGUGUUGGGUCAAUGUUGAUGGGACAAUGGCUGGAUGUUCAUAGCAUGGCGAGCUGAUAGGAAACUUGCAAAGGAUCCAACUGAACACUCAUGAGCGUCUCGCCGACUU